GACCCCAUGGAACCACAGAACAACACGUGGGUGGCAGAGUUUGUCCUCCUGGGUUUCUCACAGAUCCAAGAACUCCAGAAAUUCCUGUUCCUGGUGUUCCUUCUUGUCUAUGUCAUCACAGUUAUGGGUAAUAUCCUUAUCCUGGUCACAGUGACUUUUGACCCCCGGCUCAACACACCUAUGUAUUUUCUGCUCCGGAACCUGGCUGUCAUAGACCUCUGCUAUUCCACCGUCACCUGCCCGAAGAUGCUGGUGGACUUCUUUCACGAGACCAAGACCAUCUCCUACCAGGGUUGCAUGGCCCAGAUCUUCUUCUUCCACCUGCUGGGAGGUGGGACUGUCUUCUUCCUCUCCGUGAUGGCCUAUGACCGCUAUGUAGCCAUCUCGCGCCCACUCCACUAUGUCAGCAUCAUGAACACUCGACUGUGCGUGGGCCUGGUGGUUGCUGCCUGGCUCGGGGGCUUUGUCCACUCCAUCGUCCAGCUGGCCCUGAUGCUGCCAUUGCCAUAUUGUGGCCCCAACAUCCUGGAUAACUUCUACUGUGAUGUCCCCCAGGUACUCAGACUAGCCUGCACUGACACAUCCCUCCUGGAGCUCCUCAUGAUCUCCAACAGUGGGCUGCUGGUGCUCAUCUGGUUCCUCCUCCUCCUCAUCUCUUACUCUGUCAUCCUGGUGAUGCUGAGGUCCCACUCAGGGCAGGCGAGGAGGAAGGUCGCCUCCACCUGCACCACCCACAUCAUCGUGGUGUCUAUGAUUUUCAUUCCCUGCAUAUAUAUCUACUCCCGGCCCUUCACCCCAUUCCCCUUGGACAAAGCUGUGUCCAUCAGCUACACUGUCAUGACCCCCAUGCUCAACCCCAUGAUCUACACCCUGAGGAACCAGGAGAUGCAGGCAGCCAUGAAGAGAUUAGGCAAGCGGCUAGUGAUUUGCAGCAGGGAGUGAACUUUCCACAGGUUGGCUUCUCAUGAAAAAUUGUUUCUCUACACUUGUGCUGCUCCCUGUGAAAAAU